CUAUAUCCGUUUGGUUAACAUCCGAUAUCCGAUAGAAUUAGGGGUAUAAUUGUAAUUUCAUCUAUUAAUCGAUUAUCACUGCCUGGAUUGAGUGGAUUCAGUCGAGAACCGAGUCAUUUUUUUCGUUUUCUUUUUUUCCUUCUCUUCUCUUCUCAGUUCUCAAUCGAUCACUCUCUGUCUCUCCCGAUCAAUCACUCACUCAGUUGCUUUGCUUAUCAAUCAGACAAUCACUCACCCGCUCAAUCAGGAAAUUGCAAAAAUGUUUAAAAAACCAGCCAAGGGAAAGACAGUUGCAACCUCAAAGUCAACCCCUUUGCCUCAAACUACAUCAAAUGCUAUCAUUUCUAGGGAUGGUUCACAAUCACAAAGUGUUCAAGCUUCAGCAAUUGGCUCAACAGAACCAGAAGAAAACCCAACUGAUGAUAACAUCAACAUGCCAAGCUCUCAUACAGGUGGCUCAGGUGAUGAAGAUAGAGAAGCUGGUGAGGAUCCACUGAUAACUGCUCUGAAGAAAAAGCUUAGAUCAACAAGGUCACCAGUGUGGGAUGAAUUUGAAAGGGACUGUAAAGUAAGAUACAACAGUAAAAAGAAUGCGAGGGAAGCUGUUGUACUAGGUACAUGCCAUCAUUGCAAGAAGAUAGUUGAUGCUGGUAGUCUCAGUGGUACUACAAGGUUGUCUAAUCAUCUAAAGAUUUGCCGAGACAGACCACAGAACAAGGCUGGACAACAGCAGAUUGCUACUUCACUGAAAACAGCAGGGAAUACAUGA